AGGGAGCCGCACGCACCGCAAUUUAGAGUGGACGCCUAUAUCUUUAUCAAUCUGAAAAACGGUAUUGAUUAAGUCACAGGAUCUGGAAGUGCAGGACAACACUAUUACAGGGAACAAGAUGAGCCUUCAGCAUGGAGCAGGCAGUAUUGCAGUAUGAGUUGCGGGGGUACGAAGCUUACACCAGAGGGGGAACAGACUUCGAAACUCUGAAAUCUCGCUGCCGGCGUCUGACGGACUCGUUUUCGCUUCAUAGGAGCAAGAACCUCCAGAGCAACUUUGGAGGUAUUGACUGCUGGAUUGGUCACAACUUUGGAGCUAUGAAGUGCUUCUGAAUUAGCUGCACUGAAUAAUGUGCAUGGUUGUGGUGCCACUUACUUCACUUGGAAGAGGAGAAUAUAAUUUUUUUCAGUGCUAAUUCUAACAAUACAGAUAUCACACGAACACCAGGAAUACCGAGGAUGCAGAUGACCUCCCGGACGAGACAAGACAACAAGUACGCCAGCACCUCCUCCACCGGCCCAGCUGCUGCGCCAGCACGCCCUACGAGCACGUCCGGACUAAUAGUCGGGACCGCGGGCGCUGCUUCUUCUAAGUCUGUCCCUGCAGGCUCGACGUCCAUGUCGAACCAGCCGCGUUCGUACCACUCUGGCCCUACCUUCGACGAAUUAGACGAAGCCGCCGCGGAGGCCGAGUACGAAAGACGCAGGGCGCUGGUGUUUCACAACCAUGCAGGUGUGCAACGACGAGGUUUUUUUUGUACCACGGUUCAAUCAUCUAGCAUUGUAUCUUUAUGAAGUAGAAGUCAACCUUUCUCCAUCAUGCACAAAGGGGAUUUUUCGCCGGCGGAAGAAACUAUUUGGUUCAAUUCCUCAGGUCGCGGUAGCACCAGUCACAGUCGGAGUGCGGGUCUCCAAACCAAGCGCAUCCCAGCGAGUUCCGGCGGUGUGCACAACAAAUUUGCGGUGCCGAAGCCAACCGAGAUGCGGACGAUCACGAGUAGGUUUAGACCCCCACCACGCACCAGCGGGAACAGCGGUGGUGUAAGUCAACCGUAUUCGUCGUCGAACAAUGCGAAGGUGCAGCAAAACAUGAAAAAGAAAAGCAAAGACAGCGGCAGCGCAUCGUCCCAGUACUACAGGCAGGAAUCGCAGCACGAAAGACCACACCGAACCUCUUCGAGCAGGAAUCUUCAGCAGACGCAGAGAGGCCUGCCCAUCCCUUCGCCUGCCAGCUCCACCGGGAAAAUGUCCUCUCGGUCCGGAGUUGACGUCGUUAGCACGCGGGCGCCGACGAAAGAGGAAGUUCUGGAGAGCAGCUACGAGUCGGACAUUGAUGAUCCAAAUCAUAUACCACAUUCGGUCUACGACCAACAUCGUGCGAGACCCACCAGCAGCUCUUCGACUUAUAAUAAUCACGCGCCGAUGAAAAUAUUUCAACAACGACCUCCGGCACAUGUCGAGCGUGACUUUGAGGGGCACUACAGCUACAACCACGCAAACACGACCGGAAAUAAUAAAAGCAGUUCUCGCACACCGGUGGUGCGGUCUUCGGCAAAACAGCCCUUGCUGGUUGGGUUUAGUAGUGCUGCGCAGGAAAUAGAAAUACACCAGGACCAGGUGCCGUUUCAUCUAGCCCACAACCAGAAGAAUGAUGCAAAGGUUGCAGCGCAGCGGCCGCGAACAAAAGAUCACGUCGUCGAGAAGCAGUACUAUCUCGACGAUAACGAUCGCCCCAUGAGCCGGACGAUGACUCCAAUGCGCUACAGAACUGCGGCGCCGAUGUAUUCAACGUACUCGUCAACAGCGAAAAGAUACACCAGUGGUCCUCUCUCUGCGCCGAAAACGGCAGCGGAAGUAGAAGACUUUGACGCAACUGCGAGCGGUAAGGUGAAAAUUGUCACUGCUUCGUCCUCUUCUUCCUCGUACUCAUCAAAACGACCACCUCCAGGGUCAGUGAAAACACCAUCUUCCAGCAAAAGGAUUCCGGUCACGGAAGUCAAUUUGCUGCAGGAUGAAGAACAAGAGUACGCUGGCGGACGAAGCAAAACUACUGGCGACUCCUUUCAUCCGAACAGUAGAACGGCAGCAGCAGGAGCGCCACGCAGUCGAGGGCGGUACGGAGACUACAAUCAUGAGGAACAUACAGCUACUGCUACUGCCUCCGACCCGGUUUUGAUUUCCACACGAAAACUGCACCGAAAGCAGGCUUCUACUCCGGGACAAGAUGUUGACUUCAACCAGUACGAAACGCUGGAUUUUGAGGACGACCAGGAGGCGCUUCAUAAUUACAACCUCUAUGCAGCCAGAAAGAUCAGCAAGCCACAUCCUAUUUCAUCUCUUCCGUCGUACUCGGACGCUUGUCGAGCGGGCUGCGGCUUGUACGAACGCAACACGAUGUGGAAAAAGCGGAUCGAGAGCCGGUGCUACGAAAAGAAGGAGGAGCAAGAGCGGGAGAAGCUCGCUGAAUGCACUUUCACCCCCAGACUGUUAAAUUCCGCCACAAAAACUGCAAAAAGUCCGAUGUUUUUCGCCGGUCAAAGUUCAUCUGCACCUCGGGGCGCGGGUGGCGAGGAAAACAAUUCCAAACCCAAGCGCCGUCGGCGGCCCCAGAGCGCGCGGGCAGCGAUGACAAGCAGCUCCAAAGCAAAUCGGUUCAUAAGGACGACGCCUUUGCCACAUUCCGCAAGACGAACGGGCGACCAAGAGCAGUACCAGCAGAGUAACUUUUUCAAGCGGCAGGAGCUGUGGCAGCAAUUCGUGGAGGAUAAGAUCGAGAAGAAACGCAGGAAAUCCAUGCGGAGUAUGUACGAAGAACAACGGAAAAUGGAGUCCAUUAGACGAGCGAAUUCGGCACAGGCUACGCAUCCGAGGGAACUUACCCUGCGCAUGCGCCAGUUCUACGAGAACAAUCUGGAAUGGGUAUAGAAGAUUUUCGAGGCAGUCGUGCCACUGUGCUAGUAAAACAAGUUUGCAAUAUAUACUUUUUGCAACAGGGGGAGGGAUCUGCAGUGCGUGACGCAUAACAAGUACUCUGACUCUAUGCAUAACAAAAGAACCCAUUGAAUUUGAAAAACAGGCGCGCGCCCGCGAGGAAAAGAUGGAGCGCGAGCAGGAGGCCUGCUUCAUGGAGUCCACUUGUAGUUCCUCGCGCACCGCGGCAACGCACUACAGCACUGCCUCCGCGCCCGCAACCAGGUUUAGUCGGAGUGCGAAAAAUAAUUUUCAGAGCGACCUCCUGCGCAACUUGUCGGAUAGUACGGGCGGGCAUGGAGCAGCGGGUGCCGCGACGAGUGGGGAUAGAAGUAGAAUUCCAAAAAUUAGCGAAGUGGACGAGACAGACUUGCCAAAGGAGGAGGAGCUACACGAGAUUAUGCAGCACCUUUCCAAGCUUGCAGACGCGUUCAAAAAGUAGGGAUAAUGGUACUGAUCCUGAUGGGUUGUAGGGCUUGACUAAGACAAAGAAAAGUCGUCUUCGCGCAUGAUAGAUAAGAUACGAUGUUUUUGGAAGAUAAAUGAACGACAACGAGACUACACACGUUCGGGCACGAUAUCUCGUGCCCUACCGAUGUCGUGCCCUACUGCAACAUAACCUGGCCUGCUUCCACUGGGCAUCAUGAUUUACUACAGUAAAACUCCAUAGUACGCGGAACGGUUCUACUAGUGCACGGGUAGAGCGCAGCCGGCACCAAACCUUUUGGCUCGCUGGUUGCUGCCAAACAGGGUGGAGAGAAAUUUUUGACACGUAAUGAACAAAAAGCAUAUAAUUAGUGCGGUACACGAUGGAAUGGCACACUCCAGCACGUCUUGUGUAACUCGGCAAUCCGUACUAGUGUUACAAGGCGGGUUCUUGCAC